CUGAUUGAUUUUAAAGACUUGGGGAAGGAUAAGAGAGCCGUAUUGCUAUUGAUCAUCGUUUCCACUGCAACAGCAAGAUUUGAGAGAAGACAGGCAAUAAGAGAAACAUGGUGGAAACAUUGUUCUGGCAAUCAGACUCAGGUAAGCAGGCAAGAUAGGUUCUUUGUCGCCAGUUAUCUCACGAUCUCACGAUGAUGUUUCUUUCAGUAAUAACAUUAUAUUGGUGACGAAUUACUCCUUAAUUUUGGCCCGAAAUUUCAGCGUUAAUUUGUAAUUUCACAUGUGAAAUUACAAAAUUGCCAUGGCGACCCUUCCGUACGUCUGAGUGUCAAGAUGGCGACGAAGUUUUAAGAUGUCAUGAAUGAAGAUGUCAGGGCACAAAAAUUAAAGACGCUUUGGAAAAACUGAACACACAAGAGAACUCAAGAAGGAUUCUAAGAGGUAUUUUGCCGAAAAAGUCUGAAAAAUUCUGAACUUUAUAAGCCAAAUUUAAGGUCUAAACAUUUGAGAGAGUGGAGUUCUCGAUCGAUACGUUCCAGGAUAGACAUGUCAAAAAUCCAAGAUUGCUAACGUAAUUCGUCACCCAUGAUAUUAAUAGGUAAUCAAAUGGUAUACUCGUGAAAUUAGGGAAUAAUUUCACUUGCCUUUUGUCCAAAUCCUAAUAAUUUCCUUCGCCUAAAGGCUCAGGAAGUUAUUAGGGUUUGGACAAAACGCGCGUGAAAUUAUUCCUUAAUUUCACUCGUCACCAUUUGAUUACACAUACUUAUUCACAGCGAAAUUUUCUACCAACGACGGAGACGACGGCAAAAAGCAAAAAUCAACGGGUUUAGAUUAGCAAAACAACAACUUUGCACGAGCAGCACCCUUUGUUUUUUGCACUUUCUUUAGUGUCGUUCAACGACCUCGACGUCAAAUUCCUUAUUUCCCGUUUUACACCGAGAACGUGAACAAAAGACACCGAUUCGGAACCUGGAUACAGUCCUUUUGGAAUAAACCUUCAGAGAAAUUCGCCAAAAUUGGACAAUUAAGAGGCCCUGCGGCUAAGAAACGACCGAUGAUUUCCGGCUAAAAAAUAAAAUCGUCCGAUUUUUGUCUCCCAAGUAGAGGUUACCGAAUACUAUUCAAAAAUGAAUUUCUUUUGUUUCAGUUUCGCUUUAAACCAAAAAUAUCGAGCCGCAAACUUUUUCCGUCUUAUAGCAGCAAAAUCAGGCCUAAAAUAAGCCCUCGCAAAAAACGGUUCAGAAAUCACUAUCGCGACACAAAAGAACGAGAAAACCACACAGUGAUGAAGAAAAAGGCCUUUUAAUGCAAUAUCAUUCGAUAAACAUCGAAAAACUGCCGAAGGGAAUAAAAAAUAAAUUUUCAAAUAUUGCAUAUUAAAUUAGAUGGAGCGUUGGAGUUGAUUUUAAAAUAAUUAUUUCUCAAAAGUCCAACGCUGUUGAAAGCAAUCACGGUGAUGAAUCAGACAUUGGAGGGAUAUACAUUACGAUUCUGGAAAAACAUUUUUCGGUUAAAGUAUAUUGACGUUGUACAAAGCGUUCAAAGUUGCAGUGUUUACCGUUAUCUUGCUACUUCGGCGAAACACUUCUCUGUUAACAAUACGGCCGUGGAUAGCGUGGUAAACGCCACUUUAAUCCUUGCAAGGCGCUCAGAGACCAUAAUAAGUAGAAGGACGUAGAAUUAAAAGAGAAAGGAAGAUGAAAAAUAGGCAGAAAAAGAAAAGAACUCGAAUUUACCAUCUGCUGACGAAACUUGAAUCUAGAAAAUGUCGUCGCGUGACAGCGGCCAAUGACGUCAUUUGUAUAAACUGCGGCGGAAUCUAAAUGAAUGCACAACUUUUUCCCGGCCAGAAAGCACUUAGUGAAACAAUGUUACAGUAAUGUUAUUUUUUCACAAGCGAUAGUGACUUAAAAAGAAAAAGUUCUCGAACCGCCGCACCGUUUUGGCCUCAGCGUGAUCUGAUCGUCGUGGGGUCACGAGUCGACGCUUCUGGCCAGCGGUCUAUUGAAAGAAAUCUGAUCCCAUGUCUUUUUUUUUCGGGCGAGAAUCAUUCAUGUUAAUGUCUAAUGUCUUCCUUCAAGGAAAAAAAGAGAGAGAUAUUGGAUUACUAUUGCUCCCGAGAACGAGGAACAUCUUGAUCCCGAAAACUGAGUUCAUUACGCCCAAGAAUUACGGUUUUUUUGUUUUCAAAGGACUAGUAUGUGGCGCUGUAAAAUGUAGCUAACAGAUUCAAUUCUUGGCACAAUGAUUAGCCUCGCGUUUAGUAUUUUCUUGGACAUGAAAAUAUCGGGGGUGACGCUAUUCGGUGGAAUGGUGGACUGACGGAAUGACGGAACGGAAUGAUGGAAUACAUGGAAUAUUCUAAAAUACGGAAUAUACGGAAUACUCUAAAACGCAGAAUAAGAGAAAAAUCGUUUAAAAAGGGUAUACAUGUAUACAGUCGACUCCAAUGACUCGAACCCUCGCUACCGACUCGAACCUCGUGCUAACUCGAAGUAAUACUAAUUUUUGUUUCUCUUCAGAUCAUUUCUAUAUAAUUUUACCCUCAUUAACUCGAACCAUGUUUUAAGCGCGUGACAAGUAAAAGAAUUGACUUACCGUAAUCAUUCGAUUUAGCGCCCAGGCGCUUAUUUACUUUUGGUGCCUCUAGGGAGGACGCUUAUUCGGGACAGGGCGCUUAUUUCUUUUUUGAGAAACAACCAAAUGUUAAAAAAAGAACCUUGAUAUUUAUUUAAAAACGAACAACAUUUGAAACUGUAGCAGUAACAAAUACUGACGGUGAAUGCUCAGUUAACGCGAGGGACUUACCUUGAAACUUGUUGGACACUUUGUCGUUGGAACUUUCCCUCCUUAUAUUCACCUUUCUUAAAAAAGCUCGCAGUCAAAACAAAGUGCAAGUCGAUUAAGGUAAUGGAUCAAGGAGACUGGAAAACGGACUUGUUGUCCCUGGAUCCUUCCUCGCCAGAACGACCAGCCGAGCAAUCUCCACAAAAUUUGAAGAAGAGAUCAUUCCUUUGAAGACUUUGAAGACUCUGGAAAAUCUAAAGCAAGCGACCGGACAAAUUUAGGCACAGGUGCGGCCCCCAUUAAUUGGUAGAACAAUCCUGUCAAGCUUAAGUUUACAAUUCUUUUUUUUAGAACAGCCGUUUUAUGAAAGUUAUCCGACAUUAGAUUCCCGUGAUACCGGACCCUUCACCCGUCAAGAUGGCUUUCAAAACCGUCAUAAGGUUUAUAGUGUGGCUUACGGCAGUACGAGAAUUGAAUUUUUAACAUUGCCUCUGCUUUUUCGUCAGUCCAGUUCAAAUCAAAUACAGAAUAUUCUGUAAAUUCCGUGUUUUAGAGAAUUACGUAUAUUCCGUAUUUUACAACUGAUUGCAUGUAUUCCGCCAUUCCGCCGAAUAGGGUCACCCAAAUAUUGGGGAGGACAUCAUAAAAAAAUUAUAGGAGACCGGUAGGACUUUUAAAUCGAUGAAAGUGCCUCACUCAUUUUGCAACUUCAUUAUAUAAUAUGCUUCAUAAUUUGUUUCCACAAUAAUAUUUAUGAUAUUUAGAUGAUAACCAAUGCACAACGCACAACUUGUCACAUUACCAUUGGACAGCAUACCAUGCACUCAAACUCUUGCGCAGGAAAGUUACAGAAUGAAAUUAGUUUUUGCUGCACUCAGUCACAUUCCUUUACACUGAAACCUUGGCUAAAAGGUCUCUUUUUAGAUCUGUAGAUUUGUAAGGUAUUUCGAAAUACCAGCACAUGUCUUUCACAUAACACUAACAUUGAAAGAUGAAAGUUUGUUGCUGUGAUAAUUAUGACAAAGAUUGUAAACAUCAAAUAUAAUUGGAUGUUUUAAGCCCAAAUAUUCUGUCACCUCUUCAACAGCAUGGAGGGGGAAAUGGGGGCUUACGGUAUUGAGCUUUUUUUUGAAGCGGUAUUUCGGUAAUUUGGAUUUUAAAGUGGGGUAGGCGGUAUCAUUUAGCUCUGCGGUCUGCGGUAUUUCUUCCUUUUGGUUAACGGUAUUCGGUAAAAGAAGAUCAAGGUAUUGCGGUACUGUUCAUUGCCCUCUCCUGUUUAAUGCUAGCCUGCGUAGCAGGCGUUUGGAUGACCCCUCGCGUGUCUCCUUCACGCGCGCCCGUUCUCUCUCGCGCCCACUACUUCCACAGGGUCCAGAGGAGUUUCGUGUGAAUAAAUGAAACUCACCUUGAAAAAUGUCUAUACCUGCCGCUUAGCACGAUUAAUUAGCCCAAUGGGAUCUUUAUAAAUCUACUGUAAACGAUUUCUUUGCUUCUUAUCUGUCCCGGAUCGACUUUUGAAAAUCAAUAACCGCAAGCCAUAUCCUCGCUGGCGCAUGGCACGUCGCCCGAAGGCUGACCGAAGGGCGACUAUAAAAUGCGUAACGAAACUGUAACGCGAUCAAAAUAACCCAUUUUUUCAGAGGUUUUCCACGGGUUCUGAUUUUCUAACGACAAACACAUCUCCUCUGGACCCUGUGCUACUUCCAAGCGCCAAGUUCCAAGUUUAAUGCACGUCAGUAUUUUUAAGACUUUAGAUUAAUGGUAAAUGAUUACCAUUACACAAUUUCUGACAGAUAAUCUGUGAUGAAAUUGGUAGGGUAUCUUUUCCGUUCGUUGUACCGUUCAAUUCGAGGUCGUCGCACGUUUCCUCGCAAAAUUAAAUACCGCGCUACCGUGAAAAAAAUUGGUACAUACCGAAAUAACCGCUGACCCCUACACGCGCUGACCCGUAACGUCAGUUGGAAUGUAUGUAACGAAAUACAAGCAGCCCACAUUCAAAGUACUUGGAGACUAGGUGAGGCUGAAUUCAUCAUCAUUAAUAGGAAAAACAUAAAACUGUUUCACUUCACGAUUUCUGGUGAUAGAAGGACUGUUUUUUUUAAACUUAUAUUUCACGCAUUUGUUUGGAUCCCGCUACAGUUCGGACAAAUGAACGCUGUCACGCGACAACAUUUCCAAGAUUCAACUCUCCUUAGCCGGAUGGUAAUUUCGAG